AUGCUCACCAAAUCUCUCCUCUUCACGGCCCUCCUCAAGGCCGCUGCCGCGACGCCGAUCAAUCUCGAUCAGCGGCAAACCGCUUGCGAGGACAUACAUUUUUUUAUAGCCCGAGGAUCAACCGAACCAUAUCCAGGCAGCCAGAAGGACGUCGUCAACAGAGUAUGCGAGGGCUUGUCGAGCUGCGGAUACGAAGAUAUCAUAUACGCCGCCGCCACGCUUGAGGACUAUUGCAACUCGGCAUAUGGGGGAGUCGCGAAUGGUACUGCGCAGAUCACAGCAUAUGCCGAAAGCUGCCCUGAGGCGAAGUUGGUUUUAACCGGCUAUUCCCAAGGAGGACACGUCGUAGGUGACAUACUCGGAGGCGGCGGGGGUCCUUUUCAAGACUGCACGCAGAAAACGAGUGCACCUCUAUCACCUGAAACCUCGCCCGGUAAUCAGAUCGUAGCAGUGACAUUAUUUGGCGACGUGCGUCACACAGCUUCUCAGACUUAUAACGUGGGAACAGGUGCCGCCGGCAAUGGAAUUUGGCCGCGAUCAGACUCGGAUCUCGGAUCUUUAAACAAAUUCUCGGAAUUAAUACACUCAUGGUGUUUCGCAGAUGACCCUGUCUGCGGUGGUGCCGGUGGUUCGGAUUAUAGCGCGCAUAUUGCGUAUUUCAAUCAGUCUACUCCUGAAGCUGCUGCGUGGGUGAAAACUAAGCUCACUUAA